AUGACCUUUAGUCAAUUAAAUCACAAAUAUAAUUAUACUUUUAAUGCAUUACGUGGGAGUGCUAUACAAUUUUCAGUGAUACAAGAACAUCAAAUCAAGGUCAUAGGUGGAUACAGGACUGACAACUCCAUACUUUGUUUCCAACAUGAAUUGAAAAGAGUGUCAGUCACCAAUCAAGCAAGUAUUCAUUUUGGGAUCGAAGAUCUAGAAGUGUUUGAUUUGGGCAGUGCAUUUACUUUGGAUUCAGUGAAUAGAGGUUAUGCUGUAGCGAUAGGAAGAUAUAUAACAUUUCUUCCCAAAAGUCUUCUCAGAAGUGAAAAUGUAUUUUACAGUCUGGAGUAUUUUACAUUAAAAUGGAGAAAAUUCUGCAUUUUGAACGUGAAACCAAAAACAAGUUUAUACCCUUUCAUCCAGUCAUAA